GGAUAGAAGAGUAAUAAUAUAGUGGACUUGAAAGAGCAGUAAAAACCACAAAAAAAAAGAAAAUGAAUAACGUCCGCAGUAAACCACGAGAGCCACUCUAGACCUUACACGUGUCCAAAGGGACAAAAAAAUAUGCUGGCAUAAAUAUUUGGUCUGAUGAAGUGAUGGUAUCUCUUUCAAGCAUCUCUCUCCCGAUUCUCGGCAUCUUACCUCAGAUGCUCGCCCGCCAUUUUAUCCGACGGCCCUCGUUCUUUCUCUCUCCUCCACCCAUAAAUACUCCAUAGUAAUCCCAUUUCCCAGAGAGAGAAACACAAGAGAGAAGUUUAAUACAAAAAUGAGUUCUUUGGAUUCUCCGCUUGAGGUUCUAGCUUUAGAUUACUUAGGCUUCGGCCUCUUCACCGCCGUCGUCAAUAACGUCUGGACUUGGAUCGCCGUCGUUACCGCCGCCGUCAGUGUAUGGAGGAUCCGCACCAUUUCUUCCUCUUCUUCUUCUUUCGUCUCUCAUGAAGUUUCCGUUGUCAAACCGGCUGCUUCACUUGCAUCCUCGCCGGUGAAGGCGGUUCCGGUGGAGCCCGCAAAAGUUGAGGCUCCGGCAGCUCCUCCAGCUUCAGCGCCGCCGUCACCGUCGCCGUUCGUGUUUACCGGCGAGGGAAGAACGAGUGGGAAGUUUACAUUGUAUUACGACAAUCAAGAGGAGUGUGAAGAACAGGAAGAAGCUGACACUAACGACGAUGACGGUGACGUUGACGGUGAAUGCAAAUUAGAAGAGGUGAGAAACAAUUGGGAAGUAAUGAUGGAAAUGAGGAUUAAUGGGGUUCGAAUGGGUUUCUACCGUUAUCAGGAUCUGACGGUGUUAAACGGGAAUGUGGUGAGAUUGUGGGAUGGUUGCCGGAGAAGAAACUUGGUCAAUGCCGCCCCGUUAAUUAGGUUUGGUGGUGGCAAUUGGCAAUCAUUGGUAGGUUAGUUUUUUUAUUUUUUUUCUUUCUUUUAAUAAAUUCAACUUGAAAAUGUGAAGAGUUGUUUUUGAAGAUGAUCGAUAUAUGGUCAUGAAAUUGUAUAUAUUAAAUUUAGUUGGUGUACACUCUCACCACCAUUGAUAAUGUUGUACGUAUUUCAUAAUUAUCGAAUAGAGGAAAAAAUGGAACAAUUUUUGUCGGGAGAUCAUACAAUUCGCCUGAUGAAGUUGUUGUUAAUUCAAUUGUCCACCCCUUGGAAUGCUUUAAUUUGAUGUUUUUA